AUGUGUUUAUGUUUGUUUUAUGUGUGCAUUACAUCGGCCUUUUCUUUCUUCCUCUCUCUCUCUCUCUCUCUCUCUCUCUUUGCGUUUUCUUUUUCUGGAAUGCGCUCACUACACACGCACAGACGUAAAGAUUGUAUUUCCUCCAUUCUUGUUUCAUCAUCCACAUUCUUUCUUUCUUUCUUUCUUUCUUUCUUUCUUUCUUUCUUUCUUAAUAUCUGUCUGUUUUGUCAUCUACGGUAUUUCUUUCUGUCUGUCUUUCUUUCUUUAUUUAUUUUUUGUUCUUUCUUUCUUUCUUUCUUUCUUUCUUUCUUUCUUUCUUUCUUUCUUUCUUUCUUUCUACAUUUCACCCUUUCUUUUUCUGUCUACUCAUCCACCCUCUUCUUUCUUUCUUUCUUUCUUUCUUUCUUUCUUUCUUUCUUUCUAGAUUUCCGCCAUUCUUUUUCCUGUCUUGUCAUCCACUUUUUUCUUUCAUUCUUCCUCCGUCUUUCUUUCUUUUUUCUUUUUUAUUAUCUGUUAUAUCAUCUACCGUCUUUGUUUCUUUCUUUCUUAAUGUCCAUCUAUCUCUUUGUCCGUCUUGUUCGUCACCCACAGUUUUUCUUUCUUUCUUUCUUUCCUUCUUUCUUUCUUUCUUUCUUUCUUAUUUAUCUUCCUGUUCAACUUGUAUAUUGUGACGUUUUCGCCUUGUUUAUGAUUCACGUGUUUAUGCAUAAAUGA